AUGUUAGGGAGCAUAGAUGAAGGAAUAUCCAUGAUGAAAAGUUUGUUAUCUACGACUAGUGUUCUAAUUGUCCUUGAUGAUGUCGAUCACCUUGACCACCUAAAGUUGUUAGCUGGAUCACAAGACUGGUUUGGCGAGGGGAGUCGAAUAAUCAUCACAACUAGAAACAAAAAUUUGCUAAAAGCUCACAAUAUAAAUGUAAUAUAUAAUGUGAGACUGCUAAAUCAGGAAGAGGCCAUUGAGCUCUUUUGUUGGCAUGCAUUUGGUGCACGUAGACCUGCAGAAGGUUACGAGAAGCUUUUGGUAAAUAUUGUUUCUAAAUUUGGUGGGCAUCCAUCAGCACUCAUAAGUUUGAGCUCUUUUCUACAUGAUAAAGAUCUAAAUGGGUGGAUGCAAACCUCAGCUAAACUUGAAGAUAGCACAGUUGAUGAAAUUCUGGAGUUGUUCAGAACUCGUGAUGAUGGAGAAGAGAGCUAUAUUGAUUCUUGGUUGGGGUUUUGA